AUGGGUAGGGCAAGUUGUGUUCUUGUGGUGGGUCUGCUAUGGAUGUUGGCUGCGAGCACAGUAGUGGGUAACCAUAGCAAGACUGUGACGUAUGAUAAAAGAUCUUUAAUCAUUGGUGGAGCCAGAGAAAUCUUCUUCUCAGGCUCCAUUCACUAUCCUCGUAUGCCUACUGAGGUGUGGCCAGACAUCCUCAGAAAAGCUAAAGAGGGAGGUUUGAAUGUCAUCCAGACUUAUAUCUUCUGGAACAUUCAUGAACCAGUUCAAGGCCAAUUCAACUUCGAAGGUAAUAAUGACGUAGUGAAAUUCAUCAGGAUGAUUGGGGAUAUGGGUAUGUACGUCACACUAAGGGUUGGACCCUACCUCGAGGCUGAAUGGAACUUGGGAGGAUUCCCAUACUGGAUGAAGGAGGUUCCUAACAUCAUCUUCCGUAGCUACAACGAGCCAUUUAUGAAUCACAUGAAGAAGUUUGUGGUGAUGGUGGUAGAUAUGAUGAAAAAGGAGAAAUUAUUCGCACCGCAAGGAGGGCCCAUCAUUAUGGCUCAGAUCGAGAACGAGUACAGCAACGUGGCGGCUGCGUACAGAGAAUUGGGAAUAAAAUAUAUCCACUGGGCAGCAGAAUUGGCGGUGGGUCUAUACAACGAAGUCCCAUGGAUCAUGUGCAAGCAAAAGGAAGCUCCCUCCUCGGUGAUCAACACCUGCAAUGGGCGACAGUGCGGCGAUACUUUCCCCGGUCCAAACGGCCCUAACAAGCCGUUUAUGUGGACGGAAAACUGGACGGCUCAGUACCGAGUCUUCGGAGACCCUCCCUCCCAGAGAUCCGCCGAAGAUCUCGCGUUUUCUGUUACGCGUUUCUACGCCAAGAACGGAACAUACGUCAACUAUUACAUGUACUUUGGCGGGAAUAAUUAUGGUAGAACGGGGUCCUCUUUCGUUUCCACCGGCUAUUACGAUGAAGGCCCUCUUGAUCAAUACGGGCUUUACAGGGACCCAAAAUGGAGCCAUCUCAGAGAUUGCCACAGAGCUUUGAAAUUAUCCAAAAAGCCUUUGCUCUGGGGAUCCCCAACUGUCAAGAAAAUCAGCACUGAUCUCGAAAUCAUUACCUUCGAGAAUACAAACCUUAAACUCUGUGCUGCUUUCUUGACCAACAACAAUACCGCAAAGCCAAACUCCAUUAAUUUCAGGGGCACAGAAUACUACCUUCCUGCCAGGUCCAUCAGCCUUCUCCCGGACUGCAAGAACGUGAUUUUCAACACCCAAAACGUGGUUUCCCAGCACAAUGCCCGGAACUUCGUGCCGUCCAAGGUGGCCACUAAUCUUAAAUGGGAGAUGUUCCAUGAAAGCAUUCCCAAACACGAUAGCUUGUCCUUGAAGUCCCAGUCCCCAUUGGAGUUGUACACCUUGACAAAAGAUACCACGGAUUACGCCUGGUACAGUACGAGGAUCACGCUUAACAAACGCGACCUGCCCAUGAGGUCCGACAUCCUCCCUGUCCUGGAAAUUAGGAGUAGGGGCCACGCCCUGCUUGCGUUUGUGAACGGGGAAUACGUGGGGUCCAACCACGGCAGUAACAUCGAGAAGGGGUUCGACUUUCGGAUGCCUGUGAACAUGAAGCCCGGAGAUAAUGAAAUCACUAUCUUCCAUAUAUUAGUGGGUUACCCCAACAGCGGGGCGUACAUGGAGAAGAGGUUUUCGGGGCUCAAACGGGUGGUGCUCCAGGGGCUAAUGUCUGGAACCCUGGAUAUCACCCUCAACUCCUGGACCCAGUCCGUUGGUGUUUCCGGGGAGAAGCUCAAGUUAUUCACGGAGGAGGGGUCGGAGAAGGUGAAGUGGAGUCCGGCGGGUAAAGUCCACCCGCCACUAACGUGGUACAAAACCUACUUUGAUGUCCCGGAAGGGAAUGACCCUGUAGCGGUGAGAACGAACAACAUGGCAAAGGGUAUGGUGUGGAUCAACGGGAAAAGCAUCGGCCGCUACUGGGUUGCAUUCCUGUCCCCGCUCGGACAGCCAACCCAAUCAGAAUAUCAUAUUCCUAGAACCUACUUGAAGCCCAAGAACAACCUGAUGGUGGUGUUCGAGGAAAUAGGGGGCGACCCCCAGGGCGUAGAGGUGAUGCUGGUGAACAGGGACACAAUCUGCAGUUACAUUUCAGAGUACUAUCCCUCCAACGUGAAGUCGUGGGAGAGAAAGGGAGACGAGUUCAGGUCGGUGAGCGACGAUCUCAAACCCACCGUGCGCCUCAGUUGCCCGGACGAUAAAGUGAUGAAGAAAAUAGAGUUCGCGGAGUACGGCGACCCGGAGGGCGUUUGCGGCAACUACUUCCCCGGAAACUGCACUUUCCCCAACGCCGAUAAAAUCGUGGAGAAGGCGUGUUUGGGGAAGAGCCAGUGCAAAAUUCCAGUAGACAAGAGUUUGUUCGAGGAGGGUGGCAAGGAUCUCUGCCCUAACAUCUAUAAAUCUUUGGCCGUCCAAGCAAAAUGUGGGCGUCAGGGCAAAGACGACUAG